AUGGCUGCGUACGACGCCUUGGCAAAUAUAAACAUGGAGCAAAAUGGAGACUCUAGUAACAGUGAUCACGCUACACCACCAACCAUUGUCAUAAACCUCAACAAUAACACUGGCAACGUCGUAAUCGGCGAUAAUAACAACGUAACGAUCGAACACAUAUGUGCACCAAGUUGUGGCGCUGGAUUAGAAAGAUACCGUACUGACGCUAAUGUUUCGGAUGACAUUACGACAAAAAUACUCAGCUGCAUUAGCAAAACAUUAAAUAAUGACACUAACAUGCCACUUUCGGGUGAGACACCUCUACCAACUGAAGAAAGUUUAGCGCGGGAUGAGUGCAGUCAGCAGCUUCGCACAGAAUACAAACGAGGAAAGCGUAAGGAAGACAGCCUUGUUUGCGAAGUGAGCGACUUUUUGAGGAGGAGAGGUAAAAAAGACGAACGUAAGCGUGCGAAGCGGGGCAAAAGAGAUUCAAGAUUUUCCACUUCAAGUUCAGAUGAAGAGCUAAGAAAUGUCUCGACAUUCAAGGAACUUUCACCCGAGAGCGAUAGCGACGUCAACCUUGAACAGGGGCUACGACUGUUUAACUACUGUAGUAAGCUUUUGCAUCCUCUUCGAGACGACGGCCGAUGGACUGACUUCGAUUGGGUUGCCCAGACACUCUUGGAUCAGGCCGGUGGCAACCUGACGUACCAAAUAAUAAUUACUCUGGAAAAAAGCUUGCCGUUAAGUUACCAGAACAGGUUGGAAGAAUCAGAGAAUCUGUUAAACGAAGCAGUAGAGAAGAUUGCACAAACAAGGGGUUCCGUUCGGCCUCUCCUUGAAAUGUUGUCGAAAUGCUACCUUGCCGCAAAUUAUCGUCGCAGAAAAAUGCUUGGCAAAACGGUCGAGUGCUUAGACGAGGCAAAGAAAAUAUCAUCUCGAUUCCCGCCAUGUCUUGCAAUCGCGAUCCUUCGUUACGAGGAAGGCAGCUAUAAACAAGAGUUUGCUGCUAUGUUAAGUGGGGCUCAAAAGAAGAACGCCAUUCGGGAGGCCAAAGAGUUUAUGAAGAGUUGUGCAGACUUGUGCCGCGGUCUUGAUAGCCAGGACUUGUACGCACGUAAACAACACUUUGCAGUUUCCAAAAUUGCAAUCAUGAAUCUUCAGUGCGAAACAAGGGGGUCCAGAAAGGAGAAAAUACCAACAACAAACUAUGAAGAAGCACUACAGAGUCUGGAAACCCUGCGAAGCGAUUGUUACUGCAAGAAGGAAGCAAAAACAGCGAAGAUCCAGAGACUCAAGGCGGAGGUCGAUAUGUACUACCGCAUAGAGAAUUUCCCUGAAGCAGAAAACAGAGCCCUUGAGGCGCUAAAACUUGUCGACAGUCUGGAGUUUUACUUAGAGAGAAAGCCUCUCCAAGAGCGAUUGGAAGACAUUCGACGUACAAUGGUAGAAUCAUCAACGCCAUCAAGCCGAAAGAAAUACCGAGAGUCUCACAGAACAGCUGAAUCUUCUUCAGAUUCGCUGUCUUCCCGGAAUAAUACGCCGUACUCGUCGAAUGAAGAGAAUGAGGAGACAAUUUGA